UUUCUCACUGAGCGCCGUUCUUCCUCGUCAAAGAUGGGCUAUACUCUAGGUGGUUUCCGAAGAUGGCGAAGUGGACCACAUUUGAUGCUAACAAGAGUUUUGAGCUUCUUUGUUGCGACAAAGCCAGCGAUACUAUUCUAUAGGUGUCAAUAGUUUGGGACGUCUCCACGUCGUUACCUCCCUAGGAUUCAUCUAUAUAUUCCGAUGCUCAACUCCAAUCAGCGUGUUGUCUUCGCAACUGCCUCGAGUCUAAAACAAUAAUCCAUGCGCCACUCAGCCACCAUUUCGUUUUGCAUCGGUCUCGGCCUGUUAUCGCUUCACGUACUGGCGGAGAGCGUAGCAUCCAAAGCCUUCACUCCAAAGCUUUCUAGAUGUCCACCCGGAACGGCCCUCGUUCGUUCUACAGGGACAACAAAGCAGACACUAGGUCCAGAUGAAGAACGAUACAUCUCCACUCGCAAACGCCAGGUUCUCCCUGCAGCAUGGACUUCUUACCUUCACAGUAUCGAAUCCAAAGCCAAAGCGUUGGGCGUAGUGCUUCCCGAAUACGUGUCGCACGUUCUCUCUUCACCUAAUUUGAAUCCAACAUUGGGUUUGGCGAUUAGUGGGGGUGGCUAUAAGGCCGCGACUUUCGGUGCCGCACAUUUGACCAUGCUGGACGCUAGGAAUGAGACAUCAGUCAAAUUUGGCACAGGCGGUCUCCUUCAGGCCGCUUCGUACAUGACCGGGCUUUCCGGGAGCGCGUGGUUCCUUACAUCUCUUGCGCAGGCCAACUUUCCUACAUUCGAAGAAUUGAUCUUUGGUCCGUCGGGUCGUGAACGUCAUUCGAAGGAACCUUUGUACUCUGGCUGGCUGGGACAGUUCGACUAUUUCCAGCCUGGAAAUGCGAAUCAGUCACUUGAAUAUCGUAACAGCCUUCUGUCCGAUGUGAUGGGAAAAUUCAAUGCCGGUUUCCCUGUCACGUUGAUUGACAUUUGGGCCCGUGCUUUAUCGAGACACUUCGCGAACGGCACAACGCCUAAGAACAUCUUGGACGAGGAUGUUCCACAUGGUGCUGGAAUUACGCUCUCGUCUUUGUCUUCUCUCCCAGUCUUCCAAGAACAUGCAAUACCGUUUCCUAUUGUCGUUGCUGCUUCUAUUACCAAGAAGCUGAAUGCGUCGAAUUUCUUCAAUCAAUCGGAUGGACCUCCUGCACCCUCUGUCGUGCCUCUUAGUAAUCCACUCUACGAGUUCAAUAUUUUUGAAACGGGUUCAUACGAUCCGAUGCUCACUGCGUUCACUCCCACAAAGUUCCUUGGCUCACCGAACGAUUCCAUCUGCGUCACUGGCUUUGAUCAAAUUGGAUACGUCGCCUCUUGUUCCGCAGGAAUAUUCAGUAUUUUCAACGAUUCCGCUGGCUCCCUUGAAGCUAACCCGAUUGGCGGUCUCUUCCUCCAGAUGAACGCUACUUUGUCGCAGCCCGGUAUUGAGCUCGAUGCUGGGGCUUUGCCGAACCCAUUCUUUGGUCAUGCGAAGGAGAUGUUUCCCGACAGCGACGAGAAGUUUCUGCGACUAAUCGACGGUGGUGAGGGUGGCGAAGUUACGCCUUACCAGCCACUACUAGUCAAGGCCAGAGGCGUGGAUACAAUCUUCGCCAUGGACUCUCAAGCUGACAACGAAAUCAGCUUCACAGAUGGUCUGUCGGUCAUCGCUUCUCAACAACGCGCAUCCCUCUUCUCCUCAGCGUAUUCCUUCCCACGAGUCCCGACCUCAGUUGAAACGUUUAAGUCUGAGGGCCUCACCAAGCACGCCACCUUCUUUGGUUGCGACACGACCACUUCCGAUGCGCCUGUGAUCAUCUAUUCGGCAAAUGGCGCCCCACCCCUUGGUCAACCACCGGUCACGAAUCUCUCAGGAAUUGAGACCGUCUUCCCUCCUGACCAAGCACGAGCCAUUUUUGACCAGUCUUUCGAUAUCGCAACACAAGGGAUACCUAUUACCAACGUGCAUGGCGAAGUAGAAAAAGAUCCGGAGUGGCCCAUUUGUCUCGCGUGUGCUGUUACAGACAGGAUGAGAUUGAAAGCGAAAGCUGAGAGGUCGGGAAUUUGUGCAACCUGCAUGGCUAGAUACUGUUGGAGUUGAUGGCCGUUCAUUGUUGGAAUUUACACUGUGAUGUACUGGCUAUGCCCUACGGUUCACAUUGUUAUGCAUUAAUAACUUGAAAUAAAUUUACACGGUACUGUGAAGAGUGUGUUAUGGAUAUAUUCCCGCAAGCAUUUGAGUAGUACUAUCGAUGUAUUCAGCCUACGCCCUGAACAUU